AUGGCAUCAAAGAUUCCUCAGUUACCAUCAAAGAUGAACCAGGUAUCACAAGUAGUGUCAGAUAUGGGAGUUUCACACUAUAAGUUAUUGUUGGAGAAGAACAAACACUACAUCCAGGAUCCACCCACCAUUGAAAAGUGUCAAUCGAUGGCCAAACAGUUGUUUUAUACUCGCCUUGCCAGGUGCACUCUCUUACCCUUGAUUCUUCACUUUCUAGGUUCUGUUAACUGCUCUAUAUUCACAGAACAAUUAGUCUUAAGCUAUGGUAUGUACUAUGGUUCUUUCAGCAUUCCUCAUCGUUACGAUUCAUUCUGGAAGGAAUUGAAUCAUGCAAAGAACCUAAUGAAGAACUGGAAGGACCUAAACAAGGCAAAUGUUGGUUUUGCUGCUUUGUUUAGACUCGAGUGUUUUGCAUGGUUUUGGGGAGCAAAAAAACCGUUCGCAUUCCCUUCCAACGUCCCUGAUUCGCUUCGCUGGAUCCAACGCUCACGGUCCGCUGAUGAAACCCACAUCAUGAUGGGGUGGCACUUGCUUUGUUCACGGGCAAGCCUGUCGUGGACUCACUGGGCCACAGUUGCCGGCGGCUCAACCCUUUCCGUUGGCUUGGCUCCGCCAAGUUACGCCGCGGCUCAAACUCAUCAAGCUUCGACCUAUGUCGUGAGUGGACUGGAAGAGAAGAGAGGGUGCAUUUUCCCUUUCUAUUUGAAGGCUGCGGAGUCAGUUAAAUCCGUGCCUUUUCAGCCAGUUUCCUCCAUCCACAAGCCAACCUCGAAGCUCAAUCAAUCUCUCUGCUUUUCCACUCAUCCAUCACACCCUAAACUGAAAGUUCUUUUUAGGGAUAGGAGGAUGCAGGAUCCAGCGUUAUUCCAACCCUUGAAACCCCACUUUCCCGAGCAAGAGCAACUUAAAUGUCCGCGUUGCGAUUCUAUCAACACCAAGUUCUGUUACUACAACAACUACAACCUCUCACAGCCUCGCCAUUUUUGCAAGAAUUGCAGAAGGUAUUGGACCAAAGGAGGUGCUUUGAGAAACAUCCCCGUUGGGGGUGGAAGCAGAAAGAACGCUAAACGAUCAUCCUCAUCCACCAACACCAAACGCGCUUCCCCGUCACCCGUUAUAGAACCCGACCCGAAUCAUAUUUGCUCUAACCCGGUUGGUGGUGGGAGUUUUGGUUCACUUUUGGCAUCAACUGGUCAUCUGGGGAACCUGUUGGAGGGUCUGAAGUCAAGUGGGGCGAAUCUAAAAGCUGUGCAAAUGGAGGAGUUUGGGGAGAAUGUUAGUUCUGGUCAUAUGGCGGAUCUGGGAUCGGGUCGGAACCCUGUGUUGGAGAUUGAAAGAAAUGGGAAUGCAGAGAGUUUUCUGAGUAUGCAAAAUGGUGAUUCAAGCUGUUGGAAUGGUACUAAUGCGUGGUCUAACCUUGCAAUUUUCACUCCUGGGUCUAGCUAUGAAAAUUAA